UCAUAUAUAUGUAUAUAUAUAUUUAUCAUUAUUGAUCAAGACAUUCUCUGUAUUAUCUUUCUUGAUUAAUACACCACCAAUUUCUAUUCUCUGACCAUUUUAAUGGUAUUCUAAUGGCUUCUUCUUCACUCUUCAGCUACUACAUUGCCCUCUACACGUUCUUCUUUUCACUUGUUGCACCAUUGCUCCCACUUACAACCUCAGCCAAACCUCCUGCUCCGGCUCCGGCUCCGGCGCCUAACAACACAACCAGACACCACCACAACUGGGUUGGACCCGUCGGCCACCGCCUCAUUACCGUCGACGUUAGCGGCUCCGGCCACUUCCGGUCUGUCCAAGAUGCCGUCAAUGCUGUCCCAGAAAACAAUAGAAUGAACGUUCUCAUUCAAAUUAACGCUGGAUAUUACAUAGAAAAGGUGGUGGUGCCGGCGACAAAACCGUACAUCACGUUUCAGGGAGCAGGGAGGGAUGUGACGGUGAUCGAGUGGCAUGAUCGAGCAUGUGAUCGUGGACCCGACGGCCAGCAGUUACGGACCUAUCAAACGGCGUCUGUGACCGUUUAUGCAAACUAUUUCUCCGCCAGAAACAUUAGCGUCAAGAAUACAGCACCAGCUCCGAUGCCGGGAAUGCAUGGAUGGCAAGCGGUGGCAUUUCGCAUAUCGGGGGACAAGGCAUACUUCUCCGGCUGUGGAUUUUACGGCGCACAGGACACUCUCUGUGACGACGCCGGCAGACAUUAUUUCAAGGAGUGUUACAUUGAAGGUUCCAUUGAUUUUAUUUUUGGCAAUGGCAGAUCCAUGUACAAAGACUGUGAAUUGCAUUCGAUAGCAAAGAGAUUCGGGUCAAUUGCGGCCCAUGAUAGGAAAUCACCUGAAGAGAAAACGGGUUUCGCUUUUGUCAGAUGUCGGGUAACGGGUACAGGCCCACUUUAUGUGGGUCGGGCCAUGGGUCAGUACUCGAGAAUUGUCUACGCCUUCACAUAUUUUGAUGAUGUGGUAGCUCACGGUGGCUGGGAUGACUGGGACCAUAUUAGCAACAAAAACAAGACUGCAUUUUUUGGGGUGUACAAGUGCUGGGGACCAGGUGUGGGAGCGACUCGGGGAGUGUCAUGGGCUCGAGAGCUUGACUAUGAGGUGGCCCAUCCAUUUCUGGUCAAGAGUUUCGUCAACGGCCGUCAUUGGAUUGCUCCUCAAGAUGCUUAAAGCCAGUUCACAAACAUUAAAUUCAUUCUUUAAUAUUUUGUUUGUAGAAAAUAUUGAAUUUUAUAAACAUCCAAGGGUCGAGUGAUUGCAAAUGGAAUCUCAUUC